AUGUCGGCGCUCAGCAGCUGGGAGUUAUGCGUCAAGUACGCCCUCUUUAUCUUUAAUUUCGUCUUCUGGCCGAGUGUAUCAGGGAGAGAUCCUGAAGACGUGUCGGGACAAAAUUCUUCCCUCUUCCUGCUCAUCAUCUUCGCUGUGGAAGUUGCUGCUGGGAUCUGGGGUCUGUCUAACAAGGAAAAGGUGGUGGAGGAAGUCACAGAGUUUUAUAAACAGACGUACAACAACUACAAAGACACCAAACAGGACGCGCUGAAGGAGACACUCCGCCUCAUCCACUUUGGGCUGGACUGCUGCGGCCCGACGGGGACGGUGAUCGACGCCGCCAAAGAUAUCUGCCCCAAGAAGGAGGGACUGGAGGUCCUCAUCACCACGAGUUGUCCCGCCGCCAUCGACGAGAUGUUCAACACCAGGCUGCACAUCAUCGGAGGGGUCGGCAUCGGUAUCGGCGUCAUCAUGAUCUUCGGGAUGAUCUUCAGCAUGAUGCUCUGCUGUGCCAUCAAGAAAUCCAGAGACUACGUUUAAAAAAAAAAAAAACCCAACCAACCCAACAAGACUCCUCCGAUCUUUAACUUAUGUAUCAACACUUUUACAAUAUUCACCUACUUUCUUUUUUUUUUUUUUUUUUAAUUAAAUAAUCAGUCGCUCAGUCAUCAGCUGACUGCUUGGAUCUGUACACGAUGACCACGUUGACCUGUGAGUGUACGGAAGCCAUGUAAUGACUCCUUUUAGAUUUAAAAUUGGUUAAUUAAAAUAAAAUAAAGAGAGAGAGAGAGGGGGAGGGGGUCAAGAUAAUUAAUUUACAUCCUAUUACAUCCUUUUUUUUUUUUUUUUUUUUUGGAAAGAUCAAGUUAAUCAUCUGCAGAGAGAAAUGAAUUAAUAGACU